UGUAUUUUAAGUGAUAAAAAAGUUUCUCAAUCAAUUUGGUUAACUAUGGUGAUAAAAAACAUUUUAAUUAUAGUUACGCUUAUUCAAGUAUUCCACUAUCAUCCAGUAACACUCCGGGCCUGUGACGACGGUUGGGUCGACUAUCGGGAUGAGAAAAGUUGCCAUCAACUUAGCGAAGAGCUAGAUACUUUGCGGUACAGGCUUAAUGCCACUGAAUACGUGCGUGACGUGCUAAAAAACGACCUUACUCAUACACAAAUUGAAUUAGGAAAAUAUGUGUUGCCGGCCGUACCACUGGUGGUGAAGAGUCCAUACCUGUCCACUUGGAUGACUGGCCGACAAUUGGUAAACGAUUGGACGCGAUCCUGGAAUAGAGACAUCAGGGCUAUGGCGGGUAUGGUUCGGGUCGACGGACAGACCUUUGUGUUUAUGGGUGGUCUCGAAGGCAUUCGAGCCGUACAGUCGGGUCUUCGCGUGACUCCAACCCAAUCGGUGUUUACAUUCACCGCCGGACCCAUAGAACUGGUCGUAAACUUCUUCACUCCUAUCGAUCCGACAGAUCUCAAGCGUCUGUCACUUCCGGCCUCUUAUAUAUCAAUGAGCGCCCGAUCUAUGGAUCACAAGACACAUGAAGUCCAGGUAUAUCUCGAUAUGACUGGGGAAUGGGUUACCAGUGAUCUCAACCAAGUUGUUGAAUGGGAUGUAAGCGAAGUAAAGGGCAAAACAAAUCUAAUUAACGGCAACAUUAGACUCAAGAAUCAGAAACAAUUUCAAGAAUAUCAAGAUUUAGCCCAAUGGGGAACCAUUAAGUUCUUCACGGACUCGACCGCCACUUAUGAGGCCAAUGGUUGUGAUACUGUAAUGCGCCCAAAGUUUAUCAAAACGGGUAAACUCGACAAUACUGUUUGCAACAAUUUCCGCAAAGUGUCGGACAAUUGGCCGGGCAUUGGGUUCGCGCGGACACUGACCGCCGGCGCCACUCAUACGGCGGCAAACACUGUGUAUUACGGCGUCGCUCACGUCAGACGACCGGCCAUUGAGUACACGGACUCACAUCUGAACCAAUUAUGGGAAAGUUAUUUCAAUGGAGACGACAAACAGAUGAUUGACUUCUUCUAUGAAGACAGAGAGGACGCCCUCCGGAGGGCCACAGCUCUGGACACCCGUAUUGUGACCGACGCUCAGGCGGUCGGCGGCGAGAGUUAUGUUAAGGUGGUGUCCGCAGCGCUCAGACAGGCGUACGGAGGCGUGGAAAUGGUUGGCACAGUUUGCAGACCGUGGAUGAUGUUGAAGGAGAUCUCAUCGAGUCGUAAGUGUCAGACAGUGGACGCGAUUUACCCUCACUUUCCGGUUCAUCUAUAUCUCAAUCCAACGCUUUUGAAAUACCUUUUGGAGCCAUUGCUUGACUAUCAAGAGAAGGGGUUCUUCUCAAAAAAGUAUUGUUUACAUGAUUUGGGAUCUAAUUAUCCCAAAUGCAAUGGACAGGUGGAACACGAUUUGGAUAUGGAGGUGGAGGAGAGCGCCAAUAUGUUGAUCAUGAUGUCAGCCUAUGUCAGGGCAACCAAUGACAUACAGUUUGCCGAAAAGCACUACAAAAUUGCCAAACAAUGGACACAGUAUUUGGUCGAUCACGGGUUGAUCACAGGUGAUGUUUUAACAACUGACGUCUAUUUGGGCCGAAUUACAAAUUCAACAAACCUUUCGGUCAAAGCUAUUGUAGGCAUCGGAGCGAUGGCACAGUUGGCUGAAGUGACCGGCGAUGAGGCAGACAGACAUCGGUACAGACAAAUUGCAGAAAAGUAUAUCACUAAAUGGAUUUGUUUGAGUGAAGAUCCGUCCCAUAAAUACUUAAAAAUGAGUUAUAAUACACCCGACAUGUGGUUUAUGAUCUAUAACUUAUACGCCGAUGUCCUGCUAAACACCAAAUUAGUACCCGAAUCGAUCUACGCACAACAGGACGAGUGGUAUCAACAGGUGAUGAAUGUCUACGGCUUGUCGUUAGGCGAAAAACAGGACACAAAGUUUGAUUGGAUUAUGUUUACGGCCGCCGCGUCUGGCGAUACAAAACUGAGGCAAUCAUUGUUCGAUCGGACGGCCAAAUGGUUGCGCGAAACGCCGACUCGAGUGCCCUUUUCUGACUACGCAAACACUGUUACCGGCUAUUCGUCCGGUUUUGUAAAUCGGCCCGUAAUCGGCGGUGUAUUCGCGCCGUUGACUAUUAAACACUAAACUUUACAUUAAAA